AUGAAGGCGGCGCGGCUGCUGCUUCUGCUGAGCGGCUGCGCGCUGCUGCUGCUGGCGCCGGCGGUGCGCGGCUGCGGGCCGGGCCGGGUGGUGGGCAGCCGCCGCCGCCCUCCCAGGAAGCUCAUCCCGCUGGCCUACAAGCAGUUCAGCCCCAACGUGCCCGAGAAGACGCUGGGCGCCAGCGGCAGGUACGAGGGCAAGAUCGCCCGCAACUCGGAGCGCUUCAAGGAGCUCACGCCUAACUACAACCCGGACAUCAUCUUCAAGGACGAGGAGAACACGGGCGCCGACCGCCUCAUGACCCAGCGCUGCAAGGAUCGCCUAAACUCCCUUGCCAUCUCCGUAAUGAACCAGUGGCCAGGGGUGAAGCUGCGCGUGACGGAGGGUUGGGACGAAGAUGGGCACCACUCGGAGGAGUCUCUGCAUUAUGAAGGCCGGGCGGUCGACAUCACCACCUCUGACCGUGACCGCAACAAAUACGGGAUGCUGGCACGCUUGGCUGUGGAGGCCGGCUUCGACUGGGUCUACUAUGAGUCUAAGGCUCACAUCCACUGCUCUGUUAAAUCUGAGCAUUCAGCAGCAGCAAAGACAGGAGGUUGUUUUCCAGCUCGGGCACUGGCAACCCUAGAAAGCGGGACCAAGAUGCCAGUGUGGGCACUGAGGCCUGGGCAGCGGGUCCAAGCCAUGGACGAGCAAGGCCGCCCCACAUACAGUGAAUUCCUGGGAUUUCUGGAUCAGGCGUCGUCGGCGCACAUUGCUUUCCACGUCAUUGAGACGCGGGACCCACCCCGCCGCCUUGCCCUCACUGCGGCGCACCUCCUUUUCGUGGGGGAGAACGCCACAGCACCCACGAAGGCGAUGUUUGCUAGCCGGGUCCACCCGGGUCAGUAUGUGCUGGUGACAGAGGGGGGCGUGAUCCGGCAGGCCAGGGUGGUGGCUGUCUCUGUGCGGAUGGACGUUGGGGCAUACGCCCCCCUCACCAGCCACGGGACCCUGGUGGUGGAUGACGUGGUGGCAUCCUGCUUUGCGCUGGUGCAGGAGCAGCGCCUGGCACAGCUGGCCUUCUGGCCCCUUCGACUCUACCACAGCCUGGCAGGGGGUGAGCGGACCCAGCCGGAAGGCAUGCAUUGGUACUCCAGGCUGCUGUAUCGCCUGGGCCGACUGCUCCUGGCUUCGGACAGCUUCCACCCAUCGGCCACAGCGCAGUUUGAGAGCUGA